AUGUCUGCUCCCUGCCCCGGCCGCCAAUCUCCCGAUCCGGAGCGCCAGCCCGGCGCCCAGCAGCAGGAUGUCCCCGGCUCCGGCAAGACCGAAGUCGGCCGACACCCAGCACCCGGGUUCUCGCAGCAAUCGUCGGAGUACUUCAGGGACAAUGUACUGACGAGCAACCCUGAGCAUCCGCUAGAGAAGAUCGAGGCGGAGAAGUUCGCCAAGGGAAACCAACAUUGA